UCUCAGCGCCUAGCAUCGGCAAGAGUCCCGGCUCCGCAAAUCGCUCGCCCAGCGCUGCCCAGGUUGAGUCCAGAGUCUCGCGAAGAACCCUCCGGUACCCAGCCGUAAUCCAAGAGCCCAGGCUGCCCCAUCCCCUUAGCUGUGGCUGCAGGCGUGGGGCCAUGAGCUGCCUUCUGAACAGCGUGGUCCCAAUGGGGCUGGCUCUGCUGGUCUGCGGAGCACAGGCCUUUCUCCUUCCCAACAUCACAAGCCUGGAGAAGCUGCUGAGCAAGUACCAGCAGGCAGAGCCACACUCACGAGUGCGUAGAGCCAUCCCCAUGUCCGACCGCCAGGAAAUCCUCAUGCUGCACAACAAGCUUCGAGGCCAGGUGUAUCCCCCUGCCUCCAACAUGGAGUACAUGACUUGGGAUGAGGAGCUGGAGAGGUCUGCAGCAGCAUGGGCACAGGAGUGCCUGUGGGAGCAUGGGCCCGCCAGCCUAUUGGUGUCCAUCGGGCAGAACCUGGCCGUGCACUGGGGCAGGUACCGCUCUCCGGCGUUCCACGUGCAGUCCUGGUAUGACGAGGUGAAGGAUUACACCUACCCCUACCCCCACGAGUGCAACCCGUGGUGCCCAGAGCGCUGCUCAGGGGCUAUGUGCACCCACUACACACAGAUGGUCUGGGCCACCACCAACAAGAUUGGCUGCGCUGUGCACACUUGCCGGAACAUGAACGUCUGGGGAGACAUUUGGGAGAACGCCGUGUAUCUUGUCUGCAAUUAUUCUCCAAAGGGAAACUGGAUUGGCGAGGCUCCCUACAAGCACGGCCCUCCCUGCUCUGAGUGCCCGCCCAGCUAUGGAGGCAGCUGCCGAAACAACCUGUGCUACCGAGAAGAGCCUUACAAUCAGAAGCCGGAAGCUGACGAGACAAACGAGGUGGAAUCACCCCCUGCUCCUGAGGAAACACAUGUCUGGGUUCAGCCCAGGGUUGUCAGACCCUCGAAGCCCAAGAAGACCCCAGUGGUCAACUUCAUGACCCAAGUGGUCCACUGUGACACCAAGAUGAAGGACACAUGCAAGGGAUCCACAUGUAACAGGUACCAGUGCCCCGCAGGCUGUCUGAACAACAAGGCGAAGGUUUUCGGAUCUCUGUUUUACGAAAGUUCUUCCAGCAUAUGUCGAGCUGCCAUCCACCAUGGUGUCAUUGAUGACCGAGGUGGCCUGGUGGAUGUCACUAGGAAUGGGAUGGUACCCUUCUUUGUCAAGUCUCAGAAAAAUGGCAUGGAGUCCCUGAGCAAAUACAAGCCUUCCAGCUCCUUCACCGUGUCAAAAGUGAAAGAGACGGCAGUGGACUGCUACAGCACAGUGGCACAGCUCUGCCCCUUCGAGAAGCCGGCCAGCCACUGCCCGAGAGUCCAGUGUCCUGCACGUUGCGGAGAGGAGCCGUCCUAUUGGGCCCCUGUGUUUGGAACCAACAUCUAUGCUGAUACCUCCAGCAUUUGCAAGGCGGCCGUGCACGCAGGCGUCGUCAGCGAUGAGACUGGUGGCUAUGCAGACGUGAUGCCUGUGGACAAAAAGAAGAGCUACACGGGCUCACGCAGGAACGGGGUGGAGUCGGAGAGCCUGAGUGCUCCUCAGAAUGGAAACGCCUUCCGGAUCUUUGCCGUCAGACAGUGAAAGUGGACACUUGGGGAGAAGGGGGUGUCAUCUUCUGGGUUCUGGGGUCCUGCUUUUGAUCUGUACUCUGUCCUUUGGGGGUGGGGGGUUACAGAGAGUCAGGAAUCUUCCUUUCCGUGACAUUGAACAUCCUGUCCCUCUGUGGCCUUUGGUGAGGGUGACAGCACCAUCCCUCAUGCCAUGGAGUCUUGCCUGGACACCGGUGCCCAGACUGGCCAGGUCAAGGUCCCCAUGUGGUCACUCAUCUCCUCUUAGGAGCUGCUCACUGAGACACUCCUUGCCACUUUUUCUUUGGCGGGUGGAUGGGGAGGCUUUCAAACCCUUGAGGAUACAGGUUUGAGAUGUGUCGUGAAUGGGACUCUUGUUUGGAUGACUAGAGUUGACAUCCCUAAGGUUACAGUCCGUCCUACCAACAGAGAAAUAGGUUCUGUGUUUGCUGGUCAGACAGAUGGGCCACAGGGAGAGCCCUGGGACAAAACCUGGGUUCUGUCCUGUUGGUGUCCUUGCUGGUGUCCCCAACCCUCUUGACAGUCACAUGCAUAUAUGUCCAGCAGAGCUGGUCUAUUUAAAGUUGGUAGCAUCCAGAGAUUUAUCUUGUCUUUGUCUUUGUCCUUGUCUGUGUGGCCUGUUCUCACAUGACCUUUGGUCUCAUGGAGGACCGAUGUAUCAGGAGCCUUCCUACCCCCAUUUUGUGACCCUGUGGCUUCUGCCCCCAACCCCAGGCUGGUCUAGGUAUCCUCCUCUGGGGCUUGGCUUUGCAAGAGACUCCAAGUCUUAGGUAUCUGCUCACUCCUUAGAAUAAGGGCUGUCUCACCGCUGCUGUUUGAGUGACAACUCAGUGUCGCCUUGCCCCUGGUUUGGAUGACCUAGUUUUUAGCUGUGGGAGAAAUGGAUCCCUGGCACAUUCCUCAUAGAGGUUAACGGCAUGGCCUGUGGUUAUGAAACCAUCCAUGACACCAGCAGGGAGAGGGGCCGGGGCACACAGGAAGGCCUCCUGUUCCUAUUGGUGCAGUUCGGCCCUUGCCAGCAUCCUCAGGCUCCAAGAAUGUGGCGAGCCCUGGCUUCCAUCACUUAGGAGCCCGGCCCAAACCCACUGUAAAACGAAACAUGCUUUUGUAAACAGCUUACUCUAGAGAAGGUGAAAUCCCACCCCGGCCCUGGGGAUGUUACAGAUUGCCCGUGAGUGCUGGCCUCAAAUGGGGCUUCGUGUUCCAGCCAAAUAUUUCCUAGGCAAAAAAAAAAUAAAUAAAAAAUAAAAAAGUAGAAAAUAAAACAAAACACCACCCCUCCCCUAAGCAAAGGGCUGGGGAGACGGCUGGUGGUUAGCAGCUCUUGUGGCUCUACCAGAGGACCUGAGUUCAAUUCCCACCAUUCACAGGCUGUUUGUUGGCUGAUCUUCACAGGUGCCACACACAUACACACAAAUAGUUCUUUAAAAAAACAAAACAAAACAAAACAAAACAAAAACUAAAGGAGUCUGAACAAAGUCUUCCCGACAGGGAGCCACCAGACCUAGUUGGGUAAAAUGUUUGUUUGAGACAGAGUUUCACUGUGUUUCCCAAGCUGGCCUUGACUCAUUAUGUAGCCCAGGCUGGCCUCCUGAAUGCCGCCGUAGCUUUCCCCAGAUACAUCCCUUCCAGGGAGUUUAUAAAAAGCACACAACCUUGAACUAGCCCUAGCUGGCCUUCCACCAGUCUGUUUCCACCUCACCCUCAUGGGCACGGCGUCUUUGCAGGCAUAAACUCUUCCACUCCAGAUGUGCAAACAGACAUCUGCUCAGCCUGUGGAGGGGAACUUCUGGUUGCUACCAAACAUCUGAGAAAUUUCCAGGUCCAGGGAGUGCUGUGGGACUCUUCACCCAGCCUGCACGGCAAGGUUGAGAUGGUUUGGAAAAUCACAUCCCUCCUGGAUUUCCAGAAUGAGCAACCAAUCCCAUCUCCAGGGGAGGUUGCUCUGUGAGUCUGGACUGGGGUCCUCAGUGCUCACUGGCCGUCAUCCACCAUCCACAGAGGCCUCUCGCAGAGCCUGGCCUAGCAGCCUUGCUCAUCUUCACCAAUAGUUUGAAACUGGAAGCCUUUACCUUAUUUAAAAAAAAAAAAUGGAAGCAAAACUACAAAUGACAAGACCAUGAUGUCAGCGCCCGUCUGACCCUGUGUGUCCAUCGGCCCUCCCAGGUUUAAGGGGACCACUCCCACGCCAGCUGCAUCCCCGACUGCCCUCCGAUAGUUUCCAUUUGCUUCCAAGCUGUGCCCGGUCUGCUCAGAGGGGUGUGCUACCUCUCCAUGAUCUGUAGGCUCUCUUGGCCCGCAGUUUACCGUGUGCUUUUUUCUAUGAAAAAUGACGUAUUUUACAACUUCCUAUGUACAAAAGUUUAUUGUAAGUUUUUGUGCUUCGCAUGAACAGGGCCGCACUGGUUGUUGCUAUGGUUUCAAUAAAACUGAUUUGAUUUGUGACACAUCCCGGUA